UGUACGUUGAGAAGACAUCCUACUCUACUUAUCUGGUCAAUUUCGUUUUUAUUUUCUGCCCACGUAUUCAAGUUUUCUUGUCGAAAAAUAUUGGCGCUCCAAUAUUGUUAAAUGAUAAACACAAUAAACCGUUAAGCAAAACUACUCGUAACCGCUUAAGCUAAGAGCAGCAUCGUGAUUAGAAGAGAGAGAGAGGGAAUUUAAUAAAUAAUGGCAGAAGAUCCAAUAAAUCAACAAGCAUUCGCCGAUGAUGUGGCUGCCGCGGCUGCAGCUGGCGGAGAUCAGGGCUUCGUAGCGCCACCUGGCGCCGGUCCCGGCAGUCCAGACUUUAAAAUGCCCAGCGCCGAUGAGAUAUGGAAAAUGGUUGAGUCCAUGGAGGGCAUUUCGGAUGAAGAGCGUGCCGAGCUGCGCGAAAGUAUAUUCAAUCCAAAGCCGCCAUCGCCGGAGGAUUUCAUGAGGCAGUAUGGACAUCCUGGCCACAGUUCUCGAGAGUAUAUUGUGUUCUUUGUGAUGAUAACGCUCAUAUUGCUCGUCUUUGCUCUCUUUGGCUACAAGCUGUACAAAUCGCUGACGGAGAAGGAGCUGAAGAAGCAGGAGAAACUCAAGAGCAAACAACAGAAGAAGGCUAAGAAGUCGAAUUGAUUAUUUGACUAGACGGCGACGAUGAUGAUGACGAUGGUGAAUUGAAGCCAGCACAUGGCUAUAGUUUUUAAUACUUCUGGAUACUGGCAAUAAAGGCAAAAGCAACCGAGCGUAGAUUCAUUAAAUUUAUAUUAAAUUGAGAGAAUUGCAAAUCUAAAUAAAUUCCUGUAAAUGAUAAAA